AACACGCCCAUCCCUCAUUUCAGCCCAGACACCGGGCAGAGGAGAUCUGUCUGCAGCUCCAAUAUAAUUACAUUUUUAAGAGGUGCCAGCAGUAUGAGUUUUAUGAAGGCUGAAGAUGAUGAGCAAAUCGAUGAGGAAGACAAAGAUGGUGACUGCAUCAUUGUGAAGGAAGGUGAGACAAAGAGAGGGAUAAAAACAGAAGAAAACACUGAUAUUGGGAACAAACUGAGAGAUCCCUCCCCUGGAAAAUCCUGUACAGGGGCAAACCUCAUGGUUGCUGGUGGAUUUGAUCAACAAGAAGCUGAAAUUAAAGAGUAUUUCAUUGAAAACCCAGGAAACAGAGCCAAGUUUCGUAUCAACAAAGCUACCUGGGAAAAUAUACAUAAAGGCAGCGAAAGCAGUGAGAACUCUUUGGAUGAAUCGGAAAGUAAAAUGGAUUUUGGAGUGCAGAAAAGAUGUGUUUGUAUUGACUGUGGCAGGAGCUUCAGUUAUGUCUCACACCUUAUUAUCCAUCGGCGAUCGCACACUGGGGAGAAACCAUUUGAGUGUGGCAUGUGUGGCAAAUGUUUUGCCAGAAAGUGCUCUCUUGUGAUACACGAGCGGAUCCACACGGGGGAAAGACCUUACCCCUGCCCAGACUGUGGCAAGAGGUUUACUAGUAGCGCCACACUAACGACACAUAAGCGAAUCCAUACAGGGGAGAGGCCAUAUAUUUGCUGGGAAUGUGGCAAAAGCUUCACCAGUAACUCUUCUCUCUUUUUACAUAACAGGACUCACACAGGAGAAAAGCCGUACGAGUGCAAACAGUGUGGUAAAACGUUUUCGUGCAGCUCUGCUCUUGUGACGCACACCAGGACUCACACAGGAGAGAAGCCAUAUACUUGUGCUGAGUGUGGGAAAAGCUUUUUUGAUAACUCACGGCUCCUUAAACAUCAGGCCACCCACACAGGAGAAUGGGCCUAUAUGUGUACUAUAUGUGGGAAAGGUUUCACUUGUAUCUCCAACCUUAAUGUGCACCAGAGGUCACACACGGGAGAAAGACCAUUUUCAUGUGGUCAAUGUGGUAAGAGCUUCACAAAUAACUCAUAUCUGGUCAGGCACCAGACAACUCACACUGGAGAGAGACCUUAUCCGUGCCCUAUAUGUGGCAAAACCUUCACUCGCAAGGGGCACGUUGUUACACAUCAAAAAAUACAUACAAAAAAAAUGGAGAAAACAAAAGGCCUAAGUGAAGACUGCCUUUAAAACUGUUUGUAUACUGUAAGAAGCUACAGAAAAUUGUUGAGGUCCUACGCUGAAAGCACUUAUAAAUUCAAUAAGCUAAGCAAGAGUAACUGGUGUUUGUUAAACUGUUUAAUAUUUACCGGUAUGACCAAAGAAAUGAGCCAACAUUAGGAAUUCUUUCACAAAAUGUGACUACUAAACCCAAAAUAAGAAUUAGGGCUUUUUUAUGUUUAUUGGAAAUUAAGACCCUCCCAACCAGUGUGGAACAUGGAUUCCUAGAGAUUACUACAAAAGCUCUUUUAUAUGGUCGCCCACCUGUAGUUGGGAUAUCGGGUGAAGAUCCGCUCACUUGGCGAUCUCGCCAAGCAAGCGAAUCUUAAAGUGUAUGGGCACCUUUAGUUGAGUAAACUAGGCUACAUCUCUGCAUGAUGCUUCAGUCAUCAGUCCCAGAAUGGAGUCUUGAUCUCAGUGAAAUAAAAGUUGUAUAAAUAAACACACAAUACAUCAGUGCACUUAACUAAAUUUUACAGCACAUCUUUAAAGUAGAGGCUCCCAACCUUGGGCUGGGUUCCUUUUGAAGGACUCAAUGUGCAGAAGGAGACCAAGCUUGGAGUACAGUUGGAGGCCAUGUAAAGAUGUUUAUUUUCUCCUGACAGCUGAUGAGAAGAGCUAUCUGUGGUUUUGUGGACAAAAAGUGUGGGUUUAAGAAAAGCUAGAAAAAUGUAAUGAACACAUGUUUACAAUAAGCUACUGUGUAUGUGUUUGUUUUUAGUUACUUGAAGUUACAUCAGUAAACAUUCCAAUCUGAGAAUGCACUUAAUCCAGGGCAAAAAUAUCCAUUGCUCUAUAGGAUAUAAGGAACAACUGAUACUCCCUCGGAUGUUCUGGUAUGAUUAUUAGUUAUACUGUGUGUCUGGUUUGUACCAGGCUUGUCUGAAUGAGCCAUGAAAAACACUUCAUAUUUUGCUUUAGAGGAGAAGGAAAGGUUUCUUUGCCAGCACCAGAAACUGGAAGAUUGCAGCAAAGUCAAUGAGCGCAGAGCAGCUCUGUGGGCAUAUGUUAGUAAUUAUAUUAUGCCAAACAGAUAUAGAUGUUAUUAGACUUUCCCUCUUCUUUCAGCAUCAUUUCAAUAAAAACAUUUCAGUCAGUUUGUA